UAAGCAUUCACAAAGUCAGCACGUAGUGUCGCAAUUCAAUUUAUUAAAAAAUGAAGCUGUUAUUGCUUUGUGUACUCGGUAUUCAGAGCUUAACACUCGCUCUGGGCAAUGCCAAUUCAAAACUGAUUUGCUACUAUGAUUCGGCAUCGUAUCUACGUCAGGGUCCAGCCAGGCUGGAUUCCGACCAUCUGGACCUGGCCCUGCAGUUCUGUACGCAUUUGGUUUAUGGCUAUGCGGGUCUCAAGCCAGAUACAUUUGACCUGUAUAGCUUAAAUGUCGAUUUCGAUAUAUUCCACUUCCAGGACAUUACGCUAUUGCGCUUAAAAUUCCCGCAGCUGAAGGUGCUCUUGAGUGUCGGUGGCGAUCGCGAUGUGGAUCAAUCGGAAUCGAAUAAAUAUAUAGCUUUGCUGGAGGCAAAUCGUACGGCACAACAGAAUUUCAUUGAUAGCAGCAUGCUUAUGUUACGCCGUAAUGGAUUCGAUGGCUUGGAUUUGGCUUUCCAACUGCCCAAGAACAAACCGAGAAAAGUUCAUGGAACAGUUGGCACCUACUGGAAAAAGUUUAAGAAACUUUUCACUGGCGAUUUUAUUGUAGAUCCUUUGGCAGAUCAACACAAGGGACAGUUUACAGACCUUGUGGUGAAUCUCAGAACCGCAUUUCAGAGCGCUAAUCUAAUGCUGACCAUGACUGUACUGCCCAACGUAAACUCAACUUGGUAUUUUGAUGUUCCCAAAUUACAUAAUCACUUGGACUAUAUAAAUCUGGCAGCAUUUGAUUUCCUAACACCCCUUCGCAACCCCGACGAGGCUGAUUACACUGCGCCAAUAUUCUUUUUGGACGAGCAAGAGCGUCUGCCCCAUCUCAAUAUUGAGUUCCAGCUAAACUAUUGGGUGCAGAAUCAUUGUCCACUUAAUAAGCUGCAUUUGGGCAUUGCCAGCUAUGGACGCGCCUGGAAACUCAGCAAAGACUCUGGCUUAAGCGGAUUGCCAGUGGUACCCCAUACAUGUGGAGCCGGUCAAGGUGGACUGCAAAUUGCCAGCACCGAAGGUUUGCUAAGCUGGCCGGAAAUUUGCUCGAAAUUGCCACUGAAUCAAACAACUGUCUAUCGUGGUGCCAAUGCGCCCCUUCGCAAGGUCACCGAUCUCACGCAGAAAUAUGGAAACUAUGCACUACGCCCAUCUGAUGAAAAUGGCGAUCAUGGAAUGUGGGUGAGCUACGAUGAUCCCGACUUUGCGGGCAUCAAGGCAACCUAUGCCAAGAGCAGGGGACUUGGUGGUGUUGCCCUCUUCGAUUUGAGCUACGAUGAUUUCCGUGGCCUUUGCACGCAAGUGAAGUUUCCCAUUGUUCAAACAAUCAAAUAUUGUCUGGCUUAACUAAUAACUGUGCCAUGCCUUCUAUCCAAUGAACUAAUUAUAAAAUA